AUGGAUGAACCUGUAUUCAAUGCUGUCCGACAGGCCCUCCCACAGACCGCAGUUGCCGUCUACGCGACCCUCGCGCAGACGGGCGUCCCCACCGAGGACAUCCUCGCGUCUACCGUGUUCAACUACCGUAUGGGCGCAUCUCGGACCUCUCCUAUGCAGGGGGUGGAUGUAAAGUUCCUGGAAUACUCGGACGCCAAGAGCCCCUUCGAUCUUGUCAUAUCCGUUGACGAGUUCGACGACGGCACGGGGAUGCUGACCUUUUCGCUGCAGGACUACCUAGGCCGUUGCAGCCGGCACCGGACCGGAAACAGAGGCCCGUCUCCUGCGGCUGGCACAUUGUCCAAGAUAAUCGACGGCCGGGUCAAGAAGCAUGCCGAGGACCUCGCCGUCAAAGAUAUCGGGGGCCGUACACUAACCUACCUGCAGCUGUCAAAAAAGGCCAGUGCCACUUCCGCUCGACUGUCCGAGGCCUCGGUAACGUGCGCAGUCCCCGUCUGCGUGUUGCUUGAACCGGGCGUGGUCAUGAUAUCCACCAUCCCGGGGAUACUUGGCUGCGGCGCCGCCUACGUACGUACGGAUGAGACGCUAGCCGAGAUCCUGCAAGAGUUGGGCUCGCCCAUACUGAUACACAAUGCUGCGACCGCCGAACGGGCCAGACACCUGCAGAACCGGCGCCCCGUGCUUGCCCAGCGCGUGACACCUAUCCCCUUGGACGAGCCGCGUGCAACCGGGCCACUGUCCGCUCCGGAGGGUGUCGCGAUGAUCCUGUAUACCAGCGGCUCGACGAGCAAGCCCAAGGGGAUCCCGCUCACCCAUGCCAACAUCCGCACUCCCAUCCUCGGCGUUUCGGAGAGGUGGUCCCGCUGGGCCGCGAGGUUGUGCUGCAGCAGAGCGGGCAGGGCUUUUACGCAGCCGUCUUCCAGAUCGUCAUCGCCCUCGCCAACGGUGGUGUGGUCGUCAUGGGCCAUGCCGUUGCCGGGGCCUUCUCUCGUCGGCGGCGAGGCCGACGAGCAGCUGACGGAGUGCGAGGCACGCCUGAAGGAUGUGUGCAGAAGCGGCGUAGGACUCGGAGAGGCGGUAUCAACCUCCAACCCCAUCCGCCGCCAUUCUGAUUUCUUCUCCAUCGGUGGCCAUUUGUUGCUUCUGUUGCCCCUCAAGUCUGAAAUUCACCGUGUCUUUGGGGUCGACGUAACGCUGCCGGGGCUGUUCCAAACCAGCACGUUGGAGCUGAUGGCCGCGCGUUUCUCGGGGCCUUCGGAUUCGAAGCUCGUCCGCAUCGACUGGGACAAGGAGACAGACAGACUUGGACGACGAGAAUCAAGUCAGCAGCCCGAGGGAAUAGCUGUGCUCCUCACCGGAGCAACCGGUUUCCUGGGGACCGCGAUCCUCGGCCAGCUGGUUGCCAUGCCCCUGGUCGCCCAUGUCCACUGCUGCAUGCGGCUCGGCGACACACUGCAGACGCCCGAUGGGACAUUGACCCCGCCGAAACCUUGGGUCGCUACAGCCUCAGCAGCUGCAGUCGGCUACAUGCAUUUCGUACCCGUUUGCGACUUCAAGAACAAGUCACUUACCUGA